AUGCAGUUGUUACGACCGUCGCCGAAUCAUGAUCGGUUGGAAGUGGUUCAGUCCACUUUGGAUGUGUUGGAGAGAAUACAGCAGCCCGUGGCUUUCGUGGCGGUCGUCGGCCCUUACCACGGGUACGCGUUCGUUGUAAUCCGCUCGUUGUCCAAGCUCC